GCGCGGAGGCGCCACCUGCAGGAACCGGGCCCACGGAAGGCGAGCCGCCCUUCCCCUUACCUCAGGACUGCGGCACCCUCGUCCACGUCACCCCGGGGCUGGAGGCGCGGCCUGUGCGCGGCGGCCAUCAUGGCGGAGCUCUACGUCAAGGCGGGGAACCGGGACCGCGGCUGGAACGACCCUCCUCAGUUCUCCUAUGGCCUGCAGCAGCAACGGGCCGCGGCGCCGCCUCAGGGGGCCGGGGCCAAGCGGGGGCCGCUCGCUCGACGCGUGGCCGCAGCUGGAGAGGAAAGGCCGCCGCCGCCGCCGCCGCCGCCUCACGGGCCAGAAAGUGCUGCCUUCUCACCUGCACCACCAGCAUUCCCCCCAAAGUCCACAGGCUUGCCCCUUACUACUGUGCCAGACCCUUCUUUGAAGACAGAUGCUCUUGCGGCCGAAGAGUGUGGUGUGGAAGAUAUUCUGUCUCCCUUGAACGAGGCUUUGGACAAGUGCAGGAAAUCUGUGCGGAAACAGGUUUGCAAUGAUGUUAGCAAGCGCUUGGUAACGCUGGAGCAGAUGUGGACACAAGGGAAACUCUCUGCUUCUGUGAGAAGAGGAAUGAGGAUUCUAACAGAAGAGCUUAAGUGUCAACACUGGGAUGCAGCUGAUGAAAUUCAUCGCUCACUGAUGGUGGACCAUAUCAAUGAAGUUAACCAGUGGAUGGUAGGCAUCAAAAGGCUCAUUGCAGAAACCAGGAAAUUACCCACAGUGGAUCUGGCCUUAGAGGAGCAAGAAGUUGCAACCCAGCUGGAGCCAGAACACCAAUGACCUUAGGUGGAGCCCAGAGACUCCACCAGCAGAACAAUGCUGGAUCUUGUCUUGGAAGCAACUUAGACCAGUUCCUUUCAAGUGGAGAUGCUGCUGCUAUCUUCUCAGAGUCAGACAGACUUUGUCUGUUCUCUGCCAUGGGCCUAUCUGGUUGGUCAUUCAGUAGGGAAAAGAACUGAACGCUUUCUGAAGCAGUGAUGGACGUAAAAAAAAAUGCCCAGCCCAAAUAGCCUGUGUAGACUGGAAGAAAAUCUACAUGGGCGUGUAGCCUCCAUUUAGCACUACCUGGUCCCCAUACAUCCUACAUUCCUUGCACAAACCUCCAUGUGUUCACUGGGGAGUGUACACUGUACAAAGGGUAGCUUGGUGAUCCCCUGCACUUGCGCUUCUGGAUUCAAGUAGGGGAGUUUACUACAGAGGGGGGAGUAAAUGUUUACAAAGCUAAGUAAAAUAUUUUAUGCCUUCAUUAGGAAAAAGCCUCAGUUUUCUUUUGUUUCACAAACGGAUGUUUUAGAAUUUUUAAAAAAUGUACUACUGCUAGAAAUAUGGAGUCUGGAACAAACCUCUUGCCCUUUCUGUUUUCCCCAGAAAAAAUAAAUAAAAAAUUCCAGCAAAAAUAAA